CUUUUAUUUAAAUAUCUUUAAAUUUCAAAUUCUUACAUUUAAAAGCACAGCAUUGCACAGAUUUAAAAUACUUUAGUCCCAGAUUUGUAGUAUAAUUGGACCUAACUAAUGCUUUUGAUGCAAAAAAAAAAAAAAAAAAAUAGGAAAAAGUCUACUACAAAACUGUAUUUUGUUUCAGCAGUGCUUCUUUUAACCUAGAGAGCCUGCAACAUUUAUUGACUCCACUUCUUCACUGAGGCCCAACAUUGAUGGGUUUUGCUGUUUUGGCUCCAUCAUGAACAUCCCACACAUCCGGUCUCAUGAAACCAGCCCACACAGCCCCACGUAUGCACUGUUAAAAAUAAGCCUUCCAAAGCAGAGGAUGGAGGAAGGAGGAAUAUAAUAUCGACUCAUAAUUUUUGCAAAUGUAGGCUGUUCCUGUAAUAAAGUCUUUGUAUUUAUUCAGUUAUAUGUCACUAUGCUUUACAUAUAUUGUAUCCUUAACAGCAGUUGGCUUCAUAUUGUAAUUUGUAGCACAGUUAUGGAGCUACACUUAUUUUUGCACUCCAUACUUCAUUUUGUUACGAUUAGUCUUAAUUGUGGGAGACUUUUUUUUUUACCACAUGUUGCACAAAGCAUCACUUUAGGAAGUGAAGGUCCAUGCUUAAAUGCUCAGAAUUAACAGAAAGAAAUUGUAAGUGAUAAUAAAAAAAUAAAUGCUAAAAGAGGAUUUUUUUUUUUUUAAAAGCAAAAGCUUGUAUGGCCACAGAAAUACUCUCUCUCCGAGCAUCAGGGGGCUUUAAUUAACAGAAGCCUGCAGUCGAUUCCCCUUCAACGCCGACCCUGCCCCUGGCUUUUCCUGCUUUCCCAGAGCAGAGCAAUCAUUGACUGUUUAGGGCCCCUCUAGAAACAGAAAAACAGGGCAUUGGAUUUGUAGGGAGUGAUGCUUAGAACAUGGAAUGGCCAUGUAUAUCAUUAGUGUCUGCUCCCCUGUUACACUUUGGUAAUUUGCCCUUCAAGUAGACAGACAGGUCUUAAUCCGUGAUGUGAUUGGGACAAGUUUGCAACAAGUCAUUUAUUAAACCACGUGUAGAUGGUGUAGAGUGAACACCUCAGCAGGUCAUUCAUAAAACACAGUUUUUUGGAUGCAGACACAGUCGGUUUAUUUCAACAAUGACAUGAGCAGCACAAAUAAACAGGUACUCUGAUAAGAGUAUGUAAUCUAAUAUAAAAAAGGACUGAAAAAGGACCAUGAAAAUCUGAUAGCUCAGGUAGAGUGUGGGAUUUAUCAAGACAAGAAUUGUUUUAUUAUAAAUAAGUCUGCCUUAUAACCCUGAAAUCUGGUUAACAGAUGUAGGGAUAUAUAGAAGAAGAAGAACAAAACUUUAUUUACUGUCAGAUCAAAUUGCAUACUAACAUCCUAAAAACUAAGUUAAUGCUGAUGUGCCACAUGCAUUAAUGAGGGCACGGCUUACAUUUUUCCUUGCAUGCUGUGAGAAACUGCAGGUAUUUAUUAAAGUCAAAAGAAAGAAUCAGACUCACAGGAACCUGUGAGGAACAACAAUUAUUCUAUCAUGUUUCAGUUGUAUUUUGAUAUUUCAAUAUGUCACUUAGAUACACAAAAUACACAAAAGUUAAUGUUUGAUGAUGGCGAGCUGUGUGUGUGCAGAUUGGUAAGUAAAGGCACACCGAGGUUUUUCUCUUUGUAUUAUGGACCGAACUCUGCAAAUAGACCAUAUGGCCUAUAUUAGACUACUGUGCUAAUUGUUACAUUGAUGGCAGAUGUAGUGUUACUUGAAAAUAAAAGUAUUAAGGGCCAAAAUUAUGAGGGGCUUCACUCUUUAAAAUUCAGGGUGAGGACUUGGUGAAGAGCUACGAGAGAGCCAGAGCUUUGGCACCAUGCUCACAGCUUUGAGCGAGCCACCCGCACCAAUUACACGCUCAUUCUGCUAACAACUCCCCCCUGGCAUUCCAAAUAAAUUAACACUCCUAGCAGCAGCUAUCACCGGCAUUCUAGGCUCAGUGGAGUUAGAGCUUAGAGUUGGAGGGGUUUUUUUGGUUGUUUUUUGGUGUUAAAUGGUGGCCUAACAGCAGUAAGAUGCACACUGUAAUCCUUAGUACCUGUGAUUAAUUAAAUAACUAAUUAAUUUAAUAGUACAAAAGUUUUGUGUUAGCAUAGACCAACAGAAAAUCUGGCCAAACACUAGUUGUGUUGACAGCUGUAAGGUAAUAAAAUCAACUUGAGGUAUUCUUGACAGUAUUCAACAGGAUUCAAAAAGAUACUUCUCAACCAAAAUGGGAAUAUGACCUCAGUAAUGUUAGUCUGCCUCUUUAAAUAUCAUUAUUUAAAGCUUAAAAUAUCACAAUCUGUGCUUCCGAUGUUUAAAAGCAAUGUGACACUCUUUGACGUUAAUAUUCAGGUUGGGACGUUUAUGGGCCAGCUGUUAAAUAUGGUGAUUAAUUAAAUAAUACUGGGACUUAAACUCCAAGAUGAGGUAGAGGAAAAAGGGGGCAUAAAAAAAGGAAGAGUAUAAUUGCAAAUGACAAGCCUGUGGUUGCUGGCAUUCGUCAGAUCAGUGUUUUUUGCAGCAGCACAUCAUACAAAGCUCGAAGUGCUGCUGUUGGUCUUGUGAGACAGCAAAAAAUGGAUUCUCUAAUGGAAAAACAAUGUAUGCUUGAUGGAAAUGUUACAGUGCGAAGUUCACCCACUAGACUCAGAUUAUUGUGCAAAGCAUCGUUUGGUUUUAAAGAGAAUUCGCAGUUUUGAUCAGACAGAUCCAAUCUAGCAAAAAACCCGUGCAUACACACAACACACUCAUGCAGGCAUUCGUAUAAAUGCAGAGUGAGUCACAAACCCAAUGGACAUGGUGAAUGUCCUGUUCAGCUCACAUUGGUGCACCUGGUUUGGCCAAUGAGACCAGGGCAUCUGGGGAGGAUGCAAUGGUUUCCAUGGAGAUGCAGGGACAGGAAAGGUGCAGCUUCCUCUAACAAUUAACGCCGUUAAACAGUAUAUCCUCAACGCGGAGUGCAGAAGCGGGUAUUCUGUUCUUCUCAUCAGAUAGGUUUAAUUUCAGCUGGUGUAUUGUUUGUUUCUCAGUAUGUAUUUCUGCAUCUCUCUUUGUGCUGUGUAUGUGUGCUUUUUCAGUUUAAUUCAGUUUAGGUGGAGAUCGCAACCUUUGGCCCUUCUAUACAUCACAUGGUUUGAAAGUGAUUGCGGUGCUAUGGAAACAAAAGGCAUCAACUCUUGAUCUCUGAUCCACUCUUUCAUGCCUUGCCAGCAACCCCAAUAAUCAAUAGCGUGUGGACAUUGUUAGAAAAGGGUGGUGCCUCCAUUCAGCUGACAGCUGAUGGUCUGUAAAAGUAGACCAUCCCUUAUCAAUAAGUGAUUUUGGAUUUGCAGCUAAAGUGGAUGCCAAAAUCUUUUAUUUAGCUCUCUGAUGGUGGAUCUAACAGAAGGUUGCUGCCUCGGGUGCUGCUCCAGCUUUGCAUUUGGACUUAAGGCAAAAAAGUGUAUUUUUGUGACACUGAGGAUCUGCACAUGUGACUAACUUAUAUUUUUGGAGUGAAAGGAAUAUUGAAUAUUUUGAUUGACAAUCACACCGAUUGUUUUUUUGUUCCACUUUGAUGCAUGCAACUUAUUCUUCAAAAGUUGCUACUGUGACCACCAGCUGUUUUUUUUCUCUCGAGAGUCGGUUAGCUUGGACUUGGGUGCUAUUGCACAACCAACGCAAAGAGGCAGUUGCAUCCAGACUCUUCAGGUCAGUAGACCAGUGAGAGCAACGGCAUUCAAGAGUUGGAUGAGCAGGGUGUCCCCUUGGAGAGAGGUGGAUAGGAGGAGGUACCGACCGUGGAGAUGACAGACAUUGAGGGACAGGAGAACCAAGGAACCAAGAAGCACCAUGGACCAGAACGACGUUGCAGUACCCAGAAAGGCUUUGGAACCUCAAAGCAACACCAAUUUGAACACCGCAGCUCAUUUUCAAUCGUGGAUGGAUUUGAGGAUUUUGAAGAGUUUGUCUUGGAUUUUGAUGAUUAUGACUUGCUUGAGUCAAUCCACAGCCAACUGGGGUCACCCCUCGAGCCUAUCCGUCACAGAUUUGAGGAUAACCCUGGGGUGCGUCGGCACCUGGUGAAGAAGUCGUCCCGAUGUCACAUGAGCCGGACCAGCAACAGUUCUACGCCGCUGUCCAGCCUGAAGAAGAAGAAGAGGGCUUCGGAAAAGAAAACUCACGAGUUGUUUGUGGAGCUGAACGAGCUGAUUGUGGAGAAGGACCAUGAAAUGCGAUGGAAGGAGCGCGCUCGCUGGAUCAAGUUCGAGGAGGAUGUGGACGAUGAGACGGACCGCUGGGGAAAACCUCAUGUGGCCUCGCUGUCCUUCCGCAGCUUGCUGGAGCUUCGCCGCACCAUCACACAUGGUGCCAUCCUAUUGGACCUCGAACAGACCUCUCUGCCCGGCAUCGCCCACCUGGUCGUGGAGACGAUGAUCAUUUCCGAUCAGAUCAGAGCCGAGGAUAGGCCCAACGUUCUUCGGGCCCUGCUUCUCAAACACAGCCAUCUAAGCGAUCACAAAAAUCGUUUUCAUCGCCACCACUCAUCCAGCAGUCUUCAUGGCAGCUACAACCACAACCACGUCCACGACACCAACCAGCCAUUGGUGUCCGAAGAGCACGAUGAGCACCACGAACACAAAGGACCCGUGUACGAUCCCAAACAAGACGUUUUUGUUAGCCUGUUUAAAUCUCUCCACCCUCUGCCGGAGACUCAUCCAGCCACAGCCAGAUCUAUGAAACUUCUCGCCAAGAUUCCCAAAGACGCUGAGGCGGUCAUUGUUUUAGUUGGUUGUGUUGAAUUUCUGGAGCAGCCGGCUAUGGCCUUUGUCAGGCUGAGCGAGGCAGUCCUUCUGGAGUCGGUGCUUGAGGUUCCCGUCCCUGUUCGAUUUAUUUUCGUCCUUCUCGGUCCCAGUCAGUCCAACGUGGACUAUCAUGAAAUUGGACGUUCUUUCUCCACUCUCAUGUCAGACAAGAACUUCCAUGAGGUUGCCUACUUUGCUGAUGACAGACAAGACCUCCUGAAUGGCAUCAAUGAAUUCCUGGACUACAGCAUCGUGAUUCCACCGUCAGACGUGGAGGGAAAAGACCUCCUGAAGACAGUGGCUGACUUCCAGAAACAGAUGCUGCGGAAGAGAAAGGAAAGAGAGCUCAAGAAGCACAGCUCCUUAAUUGGAGUAGAGGCAGAAAUCAAAGAGGUGAGUCCUGAGGAGGAGGAGGAGGGAGAACAGGAAGUGGAUCCAUUAAAGCGCUCAGGAAUGCUGUUUGGAGGUUUGAUCCACGACAUCCGCAGGCGUUACCCGCAAUAUGUGAGCGACUUAAAAGACGCCCUGGACAUGCAGUGCAUUGCUGCUGUCAUCUUCAUCUAUUUUGCCGCACUGUCACCCACUAUUACUUUUGGAGGCCUCCUGGGAGAGAAAACAGAGGGCAUGAUGGGAGUGACUGAACUCAUUGUUUCCACUGCAACUAUCGGAGUUAUAUUCUCACUGCUUGCUGGACAACCCCUUCUCAUCACUGGCUUCUCUGGACCCUUACUGGUGUUUGAAGAGGCCUUCUAUAAGUUUUGUCAGGUCUACAACUUUGAGUACCUGACUGGUCGAGUGUGGAUCGGCUUCUGGCUCAUCUUCAUCGUCCUGGUGAUUGUGGCAGCAGAGGGUAGCUUCCUUGUCCGCUACAUCUCACCUUUUACACAGGAGAUUUUCGCUUUCCUCAUCUCCCUCAUCUUCAUCUAUGAAACUUUCUCUAAGCUCAUCAAGGUUUUUAAGGAACAUCCACUGAUGGCUGUGUAUCCCACUGACGCCAGUGGGGCUCAAAAUUUUGAUGGUCCCAUAUACAACCAGCCUAACACUGCUCUUCUUUCUCUGGUGCUCAUGAUGGGCACUUUCUUUGUUGCAUUCUUUCUCAGGAAGUUUCGAAACAGCCGGUUUUUAGGUGGCAAGGCCAGAAGGAUUAUCGGUGACUUUGGCAUCCCGAUCUCAAUCUUAGUUUCAGUACUGGUGGAUUACGCCAUUACUGACACUUACACACAGAAACUCAAUGUGCCAUCAGGUUUUUCUGUCACGUCUCCUGAUAAGAGAGGUUGGUUUAUCAGCCCCUUUGGUGACAAGAAGCCCUUCCCCACUUGGAUGAUGGGGGCGUCUGUUGUUCCUGCCCUGCUUGUGUUCAUUCUUAUUUUCAUGGAAACUCAAAUUACUUCGUUGAUAGUCAGUAAGAAGGAGCGUCGGCUGGUUAAAGGCUCCGGCUUCCAUCUGGAUCUCCUGCUCAUUGUCAUCCUGGGUGCCCUCUGCCCCCUUUUUGGCUUGCCGUGGCUCACGGCAGCCACUGUGCGCUCUGUCACUCAUGUUAACGCGCUCACAGUGAUGAGCAAGGCCACGGCUCCUGGAGAAAAGCCCAUGAUCCAGGAGGUGAAAGAGCAGAGGCUCACCGGACUUCUUGUGGCUGUGCUUGUUGGUAUGUCCAUAGUGAUGACAGAUAUUCUCCGCCUCAUCCCUCUGGCUGUGCUCUUCGGGAUCUUCCUGUACAUGGGGGUCACCUCUCUGACGGGCAUCCAGCUGUACGAACGCAUAACGCUUAUGGUCACGCCUGCCAAGCACCACCCGGACCACAUCUACGUCACCAAGGUGAAGACAUGGCGCAUGAACAUGUUUACCAUCACCCAGCUGGCAUGCAUCGUGGCUCUGUGGGUAGUGAAGUCUACUGCGGCCUCCCUGGCGUUCCCCUUCGUCCUCAUCAUGACGGUGCCGCUGCGACGCCUCAUCCUCUCCAGGAUCUUCGAGGAGCGUGAGCUCCAGGCGCUGGAUUGUGAUGAAGAUUCGCCCAACUUUGAUGAAGAUGGACGAGAUGAGUACAAUGAGAUCCACAUGCUUGUAUAAAUUUAAGCUGGAACCAGCUAAAAGGAUCACCUACACCCUGCAGGUCUGACCGAUCGGAGGAAGCAAAUCUUGGAAACCUCAUUGUCUCUGGAUAGCAAGAGGAGCUUCUGCAAUGGUGUUUGUAAAAUAUACAGAAUCUAUAGCUGGAUAAGCACUUUUUACCUUUAUUUAAUCCAUUUUUUUAAAAGCACAUCUAAUGUUAGAUCUUUGUGGUGGUGUCGAUGUCUUAACCCUGACAGAAAUAGCUCUGAAUGCAUACCUGAAGUGGACUAUACCAAAUCUAGCAGCAUACAUAACUUAUAUGAACUCUUUUUACCUGAUGUCUCCCUUUAAUUAGUCUGCAGGUUCUGGGCAUAAGUGCAAUGAUAGCGGGGACCUUUAGGACUGCAGCAGGCUUUAUUACUUCAGGCUUAUUUUGGGACUGAUCUGUGAGAAAGGAAAGAUUUUCUUUAAUGAGGAGAGGAUUUCAAUCAAACUUAAUAAUGUUUUCAGAUGAACUUUCUCUAAAUGUAAAGCCUUCAAUUGGUUUUACUGCCUCUGUUGUUAAACUGCCUUUUUCCUUUGUAUUACUGCCUUUGUCUAUAGGUUGCAAUGGUGUGCAAACAAGGAGUUAAGUCAGUCCUUUUCCUUUCUGUACAGACUUGUAGGAAAAAAAGGUCACGUUUCUCUGCCAACCCAGCUCCCUGGCACAAGUCCUCAUCUCUAAAUGUAGUCUCCCGUGAAUCCAAAAUCCCCUAGAGACUGUGCCUCUUCAUGGGCUGCCACUGUACUUUUUUUAAGGUGAUUAAUGCCCUCCACUGAUCCCAUUAUUAUGACCUUGGAUGUAUAAGUAAAUAGCUAACAUGGUCUAAACCUAUUUUUCUACUUUGUUGUAUCUAUUUAUUUUGUGACCUUUUGGACUUAACGCUAUACCAUGUUCUUAGUGGUAUUUAGAUUUCGGAUAGCUUAAGCUACCGUUAGAGUUAGUGUAAAAUAUAAAGAACAUUGUGUAGAGUGACACGUUAAAAACAGAAAAAUGUGUCUUUAUUUGAAGUAUCUGUCAGUUUUUUGCUAAAUUUGGUAUAUUUUUUAAGAGAUGUCAUGAAUAAUGCACUUGGCUAACACAGACACGAUAGUACUGAAAAUGUUGGGGAGCAUUUAAACAUUUGCAGGAUGCAUGAAGGUUGCAUUGCACAGACUGACUGUGAGCUUGGGAUUGUAAUUUACCAUCUAUUUUUAGAGUUAUCCUAUAUUGCAACGGACACCUGCUGCUUCAAUAGGUACACCUGUUCAUCUCUUUGUUAUCGCAAAUCUAAUCAGUCAAUCGUACUGCAGCAACUGCAGUAAUGUAUGUAUGCAUAUAGACCGGUCAAGAUGACUUCUUGAAAUUUGUCCAAGCAUCACAUUUGGGAAGAAAGGUGUUUUUAAGUGACUUUAAAUGUGACAUGGUAGUCGGUGAUAGGCAGUCUGGUCCGAGUAUUUCCGAAACUGCUGAUUUGCUAGGAUUUUCCCACAAAACCAUCUCAAGGGUUUACACAGAAUGGUCUGAAAAAGACCAUUCUGUUCUCUUUCUGGGUGAAAAUGCAUAGCUGAUGCCAGAGGUCAGAGGAGAUUCUGCUUUGAGCUGAUAGGAAGGCAGCAGUAGCUAAAUUAACUGCUCAUUGCAGCCAAGUUAUGCAGAAGAACAUCUUUGAAUGAACAACAUAUUGAACCUUGAAUCGGAUGAGCUACAACAGCAGAAGACCAAAAACCUCAAAAUCCCUCCACCAGAUCUCAAAGGGGGGUCCAACCUGGUACUACCUAAGGUGUACCUAAUAAAGUGUAGUUUUGACACAUGCACAUUUUCAUAAGCCUUUCUUAUUUCAUGCUACACAGAAACACAUAACAGCUGCUGUACAUAAAACAACAAAAAGAUAAAACUAAUUUAUUAAUUAGUGUUGGAAAUUGGUGGGAUUUUACUAUAUUUGGCUCAAUGGUCUGUUUACGGUCAGCAAUUAAAAGCUUAGGAACUGAAAGAAGAAGCUUCACAUUUAGAUGUUUUGAGGAUAUUCACCGUCUGGUUCACCAAACAUUAGGAUUAUAAAGUUUAUUCUUAUUGAUUUUAAAUAGACGGGAGUUGUUGAAUGCAACAAAAAAAGUGAGCACAUUGGGUUCUGGUCUUUUUCCAUGUUUGCAUUCGGUGGCUCCCUUGCUUUCAUCACUGACACACUCGGGAAGCGUCAGCUGAGUCCUGGGGAUUCUAACUGGGUGGAUAUCUGCAGAAAGUCAGCAAUUGUCUGCUGUUUUUUCUUACAAUAUCUUGAUGGCACACUCUUUGAUCACAUUCAGUGAAAGUGGAAAAGAACAGCAGAGAUGAUUGAACCCAAACCCAAAUUCCUCACUCUGGGGGAUGCUUGGCAAAAAGGUUAAUUCAACAUGAAAGUCUGUUUCUUUGCAGUGUUACUACCAAAAUGUAUCUACUGCUAACAUUUAGUCUAUGAACCUUUUAAAAGAAAACCGUGCAUAGUAAGUUAGGAGAGAGAGAGACUGCUUGGCAGCUGAAGAGGUUUCUAUAAAUUACUGGCAAACAAGGCCAAAACCCCACUAUAAACAUACUUUAAAUGGUCAGCAAUGUACUGUUAUUCAUCUUAUUUCACAUAACCAUGCCCUAUAUUAUGAGCCAUGCAAAGAUUCAGUCUCAGGGGAAACUGACCUUUGAUCUGUAAAUAUUGCUCCCCAGCCUUUAGUUUGUUGCCUCUUUGUGUAAAUAAAGCGGUCAGGGCAAUCCGGCGCUUGCUAUGUAAAAAUCUAUGGCUUACAGUCCCGGCUUUUAUGUUGUACAAUGUAGGAAAAAGAGGUCAAGUGCGUAGAAUUAUGUGUUUACUCCAGUGAAGUGACAUAGAAGUUUAACGGUAAAUGAAUCUCUCUUUCCCCCCUAGAUUGUUCUCUGUAGGCCUGCACUUGAAGCUCCACUUUGAUGUGAAGCGUACACCUGCUGCAGUCUGUAUUUAAUUCUGCAGCUCCCCGAGUUAAUGAGUAACACAAUGUGCUUUGAAUUAGCACUCUGUAGCAGUUUCAUUUAAAAUGGGCUGCGUUAUUAAUGGACCUUUUCAACCAUGUGUUUAUGUUUCAGGAGUUUACAGAGACUGGAAUGGCAAACUGAGGGCAGAGACAGUGAGGUCUUUUCUUCAUUAUACCCACCCCUAUCCGUAGUCGUGACAUUAUUGAAUGUUUGCCUCUUACUGAGUGUGUUUUUAGGGGCAGGAACUUGAUUUAUGGAAGUUCACUAAUGACACAACUAUGAGUGGUCACCAUGUUAGAAAGCGCACUGCCAAAUAAUUUUGCAAAAAAAAUGAAAAAACUAUUUUUGUUGUUGAUGUUUUGGGGUUUUUUUUAACUCUUCAUUUUUUGUGACAUUUAUGUAUUUUUUGUAACCUAGAAUUAUUCUAAUAUUGUGCAAAUUUAAAAAGUGUAAACUCUAGAUUGCCCUGAGUAAGCAACCAUCCAUCAUAUUUUCUGCCUUACAGACAAUUUUUUCAGUUUGUAUUCAUCUCAUUUACAAGGACGACAGUUCAUUUGAAAUAACCUGGACUACCUUCCACUGUAGUUGUCACCCUGAAAGCUGUACUUGCUAGUUGUAGUCUGUGAGUCCAAAAGAAAUUUAGCAAGCAGCAUUUGGAUGGUAUUGUGGCAAAAACAAUGUGUAAUGACCAUUUUUAAACACCACGGCCAACCAAAGAAUUAUUGCUUCCUAUGUCCAUUUCUUUAUAACCCCAAUGUCCCAAUCUUCCGCUGGCUUCUUCCAGCAGGCUAACACACCAUGUCACAAAGCUCAAGUGAUCUUAAACUAGAGUUCAGCUAUCACUCUAAUUGAGCACCUUUGGGAUGCAGUGCAAUGGGAGAUGGUAGAUGUGCAGCCAACAAAUCUGCAGUAACUGUGCAAAGCUAUGCUAUCAUGUCAGUCUGAACCAAAAAUCUCAGAGGAAUGUUUCCACCACCUAAUUGAAUCUGUGCAAUGAAAGAUUAGGCCAGCUCUGAAGGCGAAAUUGGGUCCAACCUGUUAAUAGCAAGGUGUACCUAAUGAAGUGACCAUUUUCUAAAUAGUUUUAUUUAGAAAAUGAAAAGCAUUUAUAAAUCUUUUCAGGCAGACUAACAUUGUUUAAUAGUUUGUUGAAAGCUUACAUUUGUUCUAUGUCUAAUAGUUUUGUCAAUAUUUAACUUCCAUACCUAAAAAGCACACACUAAUGUUAGUUGUACACAGAGCACUAAGUGCAUUACUAUGAGAGACUAAGAGUAGAUGCUGUUCAGCCAGCUGUGAGUGGCUGAGAACAUGAGAAUCAAAAGGGGGGUAAAGAUUUUAUUUUUUAAAGUAAAAUGCCUUGUUGGUGCCAUUAAUAACUAAAUAUGCAGUGAAAGCUUUGAUAGUUCAUUUUUUAGCCAAAGUUGUUGUUUGUCAACAAUGCUGUGCUGAUUCGACCUGUGAUGAUGAAAGAGGCUCUGAGGUGUAUGCCCGAUACAAGUGGGUGUGUGUGACACGAGCUGCUGUGUCUGUGGAGCCCACAGCCUAAAAAGAACCAGCAAACUUACCAAAACAUCCUUUCAGUAUUUACACAAGAGAAAAAGUGGAAUUGUGGGUAUUAUUAAGAUAAGAAAAGGUGUGGCGCUGCCUCUUGGUCCUGUCUGGUGUUGGAUGUCAGAACACACGAGAUGUAAAGAAAAAUCGUUCUGGUCUUUCUGACCCUGAAAGAAAACUCUGUCAUGUCAACGUUCUCACGUCACCUCAUUUCGUCACCUUAUGCCUCAGUGGUAGCAGGCCAGGCCACCCACCCAAUUCUAAGACUUAGCUCUGUUAUUUUUGAACCAAGACUAAUCCACUGUCAUCAGCUUGAGUGAAGACAUCUGACAAGCUUGGGUCUUUAGCAUAUUGAAUAGUGUACUCGGUUUGACUAUAUAUAACUAUAAAUCAGAUACAUGUGAAACGAGAAUAACUGCUACAAGGAAAUGCAGUAAUACUGAUAUUUUCUUAAGAGCAACCACUUGAGUCGAGUCCCGUAUUGCAAGGAGUUGUCACAGUCGAGUUGCACUCAUCUGCACAGACCAACUCUUUCUGUGCUUACAAAAUACGCAAUGAUUAUUUGAAAACCUUUGCCAGUCUGAGAGUGAUUACAGUGAGUCCCAUUCCCACCACGAAUAAGUUGUCUCCACUUGGCAACCUGUGCAACUGCCUUCCAGUUGAAAGUGGUCGCCCAGAGGUUGAGGGCGUCACCCACUCAACCUCUGGGUGACCAGUUGGUCGACCCCAGUAGUUGCACUUGGUCUUUGACAGCAACAAAGUUCCAUGAAAUCACAUCAACCACCAGUUGUUUUUUUUUAAUCAUAAGGACUGUUUUUGCUCUAGUGUGACUGAUCCACGAAAGACAAAACGACUAUACGUUUCUCCCAGCACGGUGUAAGCUGCAUUUAGCAAGGUUUUAAUAAGAGCCAGACCAAAGAACUCUACAACACACAACAGCUAGCUAGUCUCAUGAUCAGCGGGGUCAGUAGUUAAUUGGGACUCCCUGUUAUGCACAAGGUGUGUUUUUGGUGGCAAGAUUACCUGCUGACAAUUAAUGGUCCCGUUUUAGAGACCCGCAUUAGCAAAUUUCGCUUAAAUUUGCUUAUUAGAGUUAGGCGCUACUUGGUAACUUUACCUGCAUGUUGGGGAACAAGGAGUUUGAAGUGGCACUUAUUUAAUUAACCGGGUGCAUCAGGUAACAAAUACCAAAAAACACCUUGUGCAUAAAUGAUGCUAGAGUCUUAUUAGACAUAAUAUCACCAAUUGGCACUCCUGGAUCUGAACAGUCUCUAGUUUACCCACCGAUUCUUGAGAAAAUUCCCCUUUGGCUUAAAACAUUCAACUUGCUUUCUGUUUUUUUGCUGGGCAACUGAUCCUCAGUCAGAUUAAGAACGCUAGCAUCCUUUGCAGAUUACAAGGAACCAUAAAAUUAUUCAAGUAUUGAAAUCCCCCCAAAACACCUAAUGGAUCUUUACAUUGUUUUACUGACACAGUUUUCUGCAUGAGCUCUGCACAACAGUCCUUUUAAGUAGUAAUUGGAUGAAAAAGUAAUUAAAUGCAGUAUGUUUGCAUCUGUAGAUGACACUUAGGUCAUGUGAAUACUUUAAUAGCAGGUCUGUCUUGCUAUGGCUACAAAGAGGUUUUCAAAAAACUGUAAAGCAUUAUUUUUUUGUCUGAAAUAAAUAUUUAUUAUGUGUUUCAAA